GACGCUCCAAUUAUGACAGAGCGCUCCAAUUUCCCAAAAGCUCAUGUUCUUUUAUUUAUACUAUGGAAUGCCACCAUGGAGAUGUGAGAUAAAUAUUACUUUCAACUGUUUUGUUUAGCAAUUAAUAGAAUAACUUUGUCUCUAGAUUCAGCAGAAUCUUUGCUUGGAAAAUGUCAAAUUCAUAUAGGCGAGAAAAUGGAAUGAUCAUGAUGACGGAGGAAGAGGCCAAGGAGGUUCAAAAUGUCCAGUGUCGCUCAAGGGACUUCUGGACCUAUGACCUGUCUGCCAACAAAGAGGUGCUGCAGGCUGCACUCGAUGUUCUGCACAACUGCACUCCUGGCAACAAGUUCACGGUGGAGUACAAGGACUGUCAGAACAGCUGCAGGCUGGUUAUAUUCUGUCACCCCUGCAACACGGAACUGUCUUCCCUGGAUCCGUUUAUUUCGCAUGCUGCUGGGAAGAAUCACAAAAAGGUAAAAGUUUAUUAGUAUUAGCUUGUUAAUUUGUUAAUAGUCUAUCUGAAGA